AUGGCUGCGAUCGAGGAGGAAAGCCUUGCGAAGUUGAAACUGCACCUGAAGGUCAAGAACAAGGAGAAGGAACCCCGGACAGGGAAGGAGGAGAUCACAGAACUCAAAAUGGACGUGAAGGAUAAGAAAGGUAAGAAAUCAAUGGAGGGAGAUGAUGGAGUAAGAGGAGAUGAGCGGCCCGAACGAGAUGAAAAAUCAUGGGUGAAGGAAGAGAAACAUAGGGGGGAUGAUGGAGAUGAUAGAGAGAGAAAAGAAAAGGAGAAGGACAGAGGGAAGGGGAUGGGAGAAGACAAAGGUGCUUCUGAUGAGAACCAGGGGAAGAGGGAAGAGGAGGAGGGGAGAGAUCGAGAAUCGUCAAAAGGGGAGAAGAAGAGAGAGAAAAAGAGCACCAAGGGAGAGAGAAAGGCAGUACGGGAGGAAAGAAAGAGAGAGAAGAAGAGCACCAAGGGAGAGAGAAAGGCAGUACGGGAGGAAAGAAAGAGAGAUAAAGACCUAGAGGAGAAGGGAGAUGAGCCAGAAGCAGCAGAAGAAGCGGGAGAGAAGAAACGAAGAGAAGGGUGCGAUGAGAAGGAAGAAGAGAGAGAGGAAAAGGAGAGAGAAAGUACGAAGAAGGAGAACAAAGACCACAAGAGGGAGAAAGGGAAGGGAGACGUUGAGAACAAGAGGGAGAAAGGAGGGGAGUCCAGUGAGAAGGGCGAAGAGUCCAAAGACGACAGACCAGAAGCAGCUGAAGAGCGCAAAGGGAAGAAGGGGGAUGUAGCACGCAGAGAGAAACUGCAGCACGAGAAGGAAGAAGAUAGAGAGAGAAAGGAAAGGAAGAAAGAGAGAGAAAGGAGAAAGAUGAGAGCAAGGGACAGGGAGAUGGGAGAAGAGGGCAGAGCAGCAGAAGGCGCUUCUACUGAGAAACAGGAGGAAGACAAGGACGCCAGAGGAGAGAGAAAGGCUGAACAGAAGGAAGGGAAGUGGGAGAAACCAGUGGAAGGCGUUGAGAGUAAGGCCGAGAGAGAAGUAGGACUGGAAGAGAAGGGUAGAAGGCGAGAAGAGAAACACGUGGAAGACGAGAAGAAGCAGAAGAUGAUGAUGAUGAUGAUGAAGAAGAAGAAGAAGAAGAAAGAGGAGAAGGGAAAUGGCGACCAGGAGGACUCUCUAGGGAAGCUGAACCAGAAGCUUGAAAAGAUCGACAAAAAGAUUGAAUCUCUACUCGCCCAGAAGGCAUCUCUCCUGAAGACAAUCAAAGAAACCGGGGAGGGCUCAUUAGCUGCUCCUGACGCUGAGCUCAAAUGA